CACAGCAGCAGACGACUGUAGAGUUUAGUAGUUCGUGUCAUGCGUUUGUACGGUAUUGUGUUGCGUUUUCUGUGUAAUAUGUGAGUGAUUUGAUGGUGGAGACAGGAAAUCACGGAAAGACACAUAUUGAGUGUGUGGCUUAGGAGGGCAAUCAUGGACUGCAAGGGAACUAGUUGGGUGAAAAAAGAGAAGAGUGAAAUAUAUGCUGAACCAGAAUCCUUGUGUCUUGAAGAUAACUUGGGAAUCUCUCAUGCAAAUGAUUUUAUCAAGGAGGAUCCUGAACUAAAUUUGGAGGUGGCAGCCCCAAUAAGAAAAGCAUCUGAUAGUUUAAGUUUCAUUCAAAGCGCUGGUGACAGCUGUGACGUUUCAUAUCAAGAAACAUCACAUCAAGGAGUAGUCAAUGACAAGCUGGAGAUAUAUGCAGAGAAGUCAACAGAUUUCAGUGUGUCUCACAACUAUACCAAAAUACAGACUUCUCAAGAAGACGGCUUAUGUGGCACAAGAUUAAGUUGUAGCAUCAGCGAAAAGGAAUUCCAUAAGUUUAACUGUAGUUUCUGCCUACAGAGCUUCCCUUCAAAAUACAGACUCAUAAUGCAUGUCUUCAUCCACAUUGACGGUGUGCAGGCACCUUCAUAUGUGUGUAAGUCAUGUGGUGAGGUAUUUCCCACUGAUGACUGCUUUAAAGAACAUUUGAGAAUGAGGGAGGGUGACAAAGCAUUAUCUGCUACCAACAGCGAGAAACUUGAAUGCAGUGAUGAUCAUGAAAACAAUAUCUCCUUCGAGUGUGUACAAGACGGAAUCGUGGAACAGACUGAGGAGCCCCCUUCAUACAAGGUACCCAGGAAAACUUUUAAAAAAUCGUUUAAUGACAUAUGUAAUACACAUACUGUGAAAGAAACUGAAGAGAAACUCGAAAGAUGUAAUGACUGUGGAAUUUUAUCUACAAGUGACCAUGUUCAUGUCCACACUGUGCUAAGUGCAACGAGACAUCACAAAUGUGAUGUUUGUGGUAAAAAGUUUCCUUUGUUAUGCAAUCUUCAGACACCCGAUUAA